AUGGCAUACAUCGCUACCACCAAGUGUCCUGACGUCGACGAGAACACCACCAACUACUGCGAUGCCUACUUCAAGGACAUGAUCCACACCGCAAACCUCUGCGGAGACACCAUCUUCACGCCAAAGCUGCUCUCUCUCAGCCUCGGCCACGGCGCUCUCACUCUGAACAGCAACGGCUACGUCCUUCCAUCACUGAACAACUAUAUCAAAAUCCCCCAUCGCCAAUUCUCCGAAGUCUCCUCCCGCCUCGGCCACCUCGAGCUCGUCAGCACCGACAUCAGCGUCUUCCAACCCAACGCCGAGACUCUCUGGCGCCGCAUCUUCAAAGACAUGAUCAACCUCCACACCCUCGUGAUCCAAUGUUACCCCUCAGAACUCAACGACUUCCAAACUCUCGUCGACAUCUUCCUCCGCUCCCCAGACCUCCCAAGUCUCCGCUCCCUCACCAUCGUCGGACCCAAGCCAGGUCCCAUCCCAAUCGACAGCAAGGCCCUGCUCAACUUCCUCUCCUAUCACCAAGACCUCGAGAUGCUGGGCUUGCUGAACGUCUUACCCAUGGAGGAGGACGGGGCUGGAGGUCUCGCGAGGAAUGUCUUAUCGACGGUUCAUGAGCUUCGUCAGCACGCUGGUCUUCGCGGCGUGGGAUUCAUCGUCGCGCCGUACGAGGGGGGCUUUCAUAGUGGCAAGGAGUGUCAGAAGCCGGAGCAGUAUGGUGUGGUUAACAAGUGCUUCUGCAGAGAGUGUGUGUCUGAGGCGCUGCAGUGGCUCAACAAGGGCAUGGACGUGCCGAUUGAGGCGGGAGGAUAUCAGUACGCUGACCUGGUGUGGACUGGCCCGAUGCCGGAUCUCAAGGGCGAGGAGGAGGAGAUGGAGUAG